AUGAGCGUGGCUCGGCGCUCUAGAGAGGUUCAGGAUCUCUUCAAGUUCUUGAAGACCAUGAACAAGCAGGCUUCUUUCCUUUGCGAGAGAGUGUCUCACCUCGAGCCCUCCAGAGCUUUGGGCCUCCAGGCAACCAAAAGAACUGGACAGUUUCUGAAGCAGCUGGAGAAGAAGGAGGGCAAAGAGACGAAGCGCGAGACGCUGCUCAAGCAGAUCAAGGACGUCGAUGAGCUGAUGAACGAGGAGCUGCGCAAUGCGCGGAAGUUCGUCGAGCGGCAGCAGCUCUUCGAGAAGAAGUACAUGAUCGGUUCGAAGCUGGGCGAGCAGGCCCCGCGAAAGAACGCGCUCAUCCUGAUUGAGCAGUCCGACGUCCAGAGCUCGUGGGUUGACGAGGUAGGCGCUCUAGGCUUCAUGGUAGGACUCGCUGGGUAG